AAUAAAGAUUAGGUAAAGAUAAAGAUUGAACACGCUUUCGCACGGCAACAACGGCGUGAGCCGACGUCCAACAACUCAAACGGCCACCGAAUUGCGUGGUGGGGGCCGGGCUCCGCGACCGCCUCUCCUCUCCCGGGACGUCACCCGUGCCGUCCCGUAGCGCUUCUUCCUUCUCUCCCUCCCCUCCCAGCCGCCCCUCCCGUCUCCUACCCACAAAUCCAAUCCAACCCCCGUCACAUAUCGCCGGAAAAAUCCCCUCCGACAGAUCAAAGCCAAGGCUAUCUCGUCCUCCUCCUCAAGAUGCAGAUCUUCGUGAAGACCCUCACCGGCAAGACCAUCACCUUGGAGGUUGAGUCCUCUGACACAAUCGACAAUGUCAAGGCUAAGAUCCAGGACAAGGAGGGCAUCCCCCCAGACCAGCAGCGUCUCAUCUUCGCUGGCAAGCAGCUUGAGGAUGGCCGCACCCUUGCUGACUACAACAUCCAGAAGGAGUCCACCCUCCACCUGGUGCUCAGACUCCGUGGUGGUAUGCAGAUAUUCGUAAAGACCCUCACCGGCAAGACCAUCACCUUGGAGGUUGAGUCCUCGGACACCAUUGACAAUGUGAAGGCCAAGAUCCAGGACAAGGAGGGCAUUCCCCCGGACCAGCAGCGUCUCAUCUUCGCUGGCAAGCAGCUUGAGGAUGGUCGCACCCUUGCGGACUACAACAUCCAGAAGGAGUCCACCCUUCACUUGGUGCUCCGUCUGCGUGGUGGCCAGUAAGCUCCUGGACAUGGUGCUGCUUCUGUCUCUGGGUUCCAGUCUUGGGUGUUCGGUGUCCUCCAAUGGAAUCUUGUCUGUGUCGUUGCCUCAUCCUGUCUUUGUUUCUGUAACGUACUGUCAUGCAGUGUUAUCUUUGGUGAACUUUGAAUAAGUGAGCCCUGAACUUUGAUGUCCGCUCUUGUGUUAUAUCUAAAAUGCGUGAACUGAUUUUGUGUGCUGUA